AUGUAUGAAGAUCAAGUUCGGUAUGAGUUAUUCAAGGUUACAAAAUCAGAAAAUAAGAACUAUGUUGUGUACGAGCUUGUUAUGAAGAAAGAUGAACCUGAAAAAAUGGAAACUGUUCAUGCAUUCUGGAUUAGAGCUGCAGAAGAUGGCGCAAAAAGAGAUUUGAAAUGGAUAGAAAAGCAAAUGAGAUAUGGUGUAAGGAUUGAUGAAGUCCAUGAUGAUAAUAUCAAAUUCCAUGUUGUAGCGAUCUCAAGAAUCAACCUUACAGCUAUUAAGAAAGAUGAUAAAUAUUUGUGCAAAUGCCUUAUUAAUGGAGUUGAUGCUAUUAUUGAAACAAUUUAUAUUGAUGUAGUUACUUCUAUGUUUGUUCCGCAUGUCAACUCAAUUACAAUUUCAGGAAAAGCUCUUGAUGAUGGGCGUGAAGUUUCUGAAGUUAUUACAAAAGCUUAA